UGCUUCCGGUUUAGGCAGGUCCUUGGUGGCAAGCACGCCGGUCUUCUCACUGCUGUCUUUUGUGGCUCUUCUACGACCAGCCUUACUAGCCAGCCUGUGGCUAGUCAGAGCUCCUCUUAGGCGAUCAGGACGAACAACUUUGGUUGCGAGAGGGAACAAAUACCUCCCUGUGGACUAGUGCCUUGUCUGGCUUCAUUGGCAGAGAUGGUUACAGAGUGUCUCGGCUUGGGUUUAGCGUCCUUCCCCUCUUCAGCAUAAGGGGCCCCCAGACGCCCCUGCUGCCCUGCUAGCCCAGUCUUUCGCUACUCCCUCCGGGCAGAUGCUGCUUGUGAGAAUGCGAUAUAAGUGAUGGAUGUAGAAGCAGAAAGAGAGAAAAUCCGUUGGGAGAUUGAAGAGCUGGAAAGGAGCCUGGGCCCCAGUGUUGCAAGCAUCGAGUCCCAAGUCUCAAGCUCUAGUCCUGAGUUGGUCUCUGACAUUGAAGAUGACCUUGAUGAUGAUGAUUCCGAUACUCAUGACAACAUGGAGGUAGACCUCGAUGGGGAGAAAGGUGCUGGAGUGGGGAGUGAAGUGGACAUCCAUCUCCCUCAGUCCCUGGAGACCUGCCUGCACAUGAACAUGGUUUACCAGGAGGUGAUUCAGGAGAAGAUUGAGGAGAUCACCCUCUGGCUGGCCCAGAACAGAGAGCAGCAGGAAAAGCUGACAUGGGAGCUGGCUGGGACAAGAGGCACUAAGUCAAGCGACAGCAAAUCCUUGCCAGCAAAUUUGUUUCUGGGCCAUUUCAUGAAGCCGUACUUCAAGGACAUGACGUCAGGGUUCGGCCCUCCUGCCAACAGUGACGCCAGGGAAAAAGCAAAACAAGGCAUCAAGUCUUUUGCGGAGCUGCUCACCAUCAAAUGGAAAAGCCAAGAGAAGCUGCUGCUCCGUCAGUCUGUCAUGAGUGACCAAUUGCAGCACCUGCUUCAGCCCAAGCUCUUGAAGCUUGACUAUCUCAAUGAGAAGCGGGAUAAAUUGGAGGAUGAGAUGGGGAGGCAGAUUUUGUGGAAGCAGAUCCAGGAAACAACACAGGAAAUAGAAGAUAUCAACCAACUGCCGGAGGGAUCUUUGUUGGGGAACAGGUUGGAUGAGCACGACUGGGAGAAGAUCGCCAACAUAAAUUUUGAAGGAACCCGCAAUGCGAAGGAGUUGAGGAAGUACUGGCAGAACUUCGAGCACCCCAGCAUCAGCAAGAGGGAGUGGAAUGAGGAGGAGGUUGAAAAGAUGAAGGAAAUUGCCACCAGGCACAACUGCCAGGACUGGGAAGCCAUCGCCCUGGAGUUGGGGACACAGCGCACAGCUUUCCAAUGCCUGCAGAAGUUCCAGGCCUCCAACAAGGAAUUCAAGAAGAGUGAGUGGAGCCCAGAAGAGGACCAGAUACUCCUGCAGCUGGUCCAAGAAAUGAGGGUUGGGAAGCAUAUUCCAUACCGGAAAAUUGCCUAUUAUAUGGAGGGCAGGGACUCUGCCCAGCUGAUCUAUAGGUGGACCAAGAGAGUGGACCCCAACUUGAAGCGAGGAGCCUGGACUCCAGAGGAAGAUGCUGUGCUGCUGAAGGCUGUUGCUAAAUACGGAGCACAGGACUGGUACAAGAUUCGGAUGGAGGUGCCCGGCAGGAAUGAUAUCCAGUGCCGAGACAGGUAUUUGCAUGCCCUGCACUGUGACAUCAAGAAGGGCAAAUGGAGUGAGGAGGAGGAAAUGAAGCUCAUCGAGCUGACUGAGAAAUAUGGCGUGGGUCGCUGGGCAAAGAUAGCAUCAGAGUUGCCCCAUCGCUCAGGGACUCAGUGCCUCAGCAAGUGGAAAGUUUUGCUGGGCUAUCGGAAGAGGAGGCGGAAGCCGAAGCAAGAGGGCUGCACCCACCGAAAGCCCCGGCAGCCCAGCCUCUGCUUGUCCAGCAGCGAAGAUUCUGACCUAGAGCUGUCCCUGGAGGAGGAAGAGGAGGAGAGUGUGGAGGACGAGGCAGCCAGGACCCACAAGGCCAUGGCUGGUGGGCACUGGGAGGUGCCCAGCAUUGACCUCUGGGUACCUACCAGGAAGGGCAUAUCAUCAGAGAACCUGGCCUCUGUCACGCUGCUGUCCAAGGGCUUCAACGUAGACCAGAAGCAUGGGAUGUUCCCCAGGGUCCUGAAGGCAGGGGAGGAGGAAGAGCAGCCCCAGAAGGCAGAGGCUUCUCCCCCUGCCACUGCUCCUCCCAGUGAUUUGCCCCCUUCCCUGAUUGGAGCAAAGGAGAGCUUGGUGGAGGAAGGCAGCAAGAAUCCCAGGAGGAUGAAGGACUCCUGGAGGGUGUCUUUGGCUUAUGUGAAAUGUGUGUUGAGGAGAAACAGCUAUGAGUUGCAGCGGAGAAACCAAGAAAUCAACAGGAAGAAGCGUUUUGCCUUCACAUCCCAAACAUCUAUUGCAAAAUCCUUGGCACCAGCCAGCAGAGAAGGAGGCCAGCCCCAGAAGGGACAGAAGGAUGGGAUAUUGAAGACCACCCUUUUCCGACGCCUGAUGGUGGCCGUGAUUCCCUGGGCUGGGAGCCUGGUCCAGGACUGGGCCCAGCGCCUCAAGACAGAAGCUGCUCAUAGGUCUAAAGUGGAAUUAAUCUCCAAGCAGCUGCAGGCUGCCUGCCUCACAAGCACACCCCUCUUCACCCUCUUCAUCCAGCUGCUCCAGAUUGACAUCCAUGGCUGCAUGAAAGUCAUCCACAGGAGGAAGACGCGGCAGAGGGAGCUGCUGAAGUCUGCCAUUGGGGAGGCAGAGAAGACAGAGCAGGCCCCGUCUGCGCAAGAUCCAAAAGCCCAGUCCAGGAAUGUCCAGGUGGCCGUCCAAAACCCAAGCAAGAAGCUCAUCCCCCUGAAGGCCAAAGAGGGGCUGGUUCCUGCUUCCUCGAAGAGGGCCCUUUCCCCGCGUUGCCCAAUGUCCAAGCCCAAGACUGUCUCUGAACUGCUGCGGGAGAAGAGGCAGCGGAAGGUCCCACAGCUUCUCCUGCACCCCUCGGUAAUCAUUCAGCAGCCAAUGGUUCCAGUCGGUGCCCAGGUGGCAAGCCAGCUGCCAUACACCAGGGGGUCACCAUUGCCAGCACUCCCUCCAGUGCACUCAGUCCCAUCGCUGGGAAGUCAAGUGAAAUCUCCGGAAACAGGGAGGGGAGAGGAUCCCCCUGGGAACGGCAAUCAAGACAGCAGGGAGGCUGCAACCGGCACAAGCACUGCCGCGCCUUUGACGCACCCAGCACCGGCAGGGCAAGCUACCCAUUUGCCCACCUCUCUGAAUCCUGCUGGUAUCCAGGGGGCUCUGUGCCUGCCUCAUGUUGUUUCCCAGCAGAGCCCAGCCAACACAGUGCCCAUAGCACCGGCGCCACCAGGAGUGGUCUCCCAGCCUGGGGCCAGCACAGUCCCCGGGCAGCAGGUCCUUCCCAUCACCUGGGUCUUGACCACGCAGGGCCUUGUCCCCAUGACCAUUGUCAGCAUUCCCAACCAGGGAAACCAACCGCCACCCACAAAAGAACCACCCAAAAACCUGGGCCAAGUGGCCAAGGCAUCUUCUGCUCUCAUGGUUCCAAAUGCUGCAGGCAUGGCUCCAGUGGCCUUUGUGCCAGAGAAGCAACACCCGGUGGCUACUUGUGACAGCCCACAGAACCACAGGGGCUUUCAGCAGAGUGGCCUGUCGCCUCCUCUCCUGCCUGCCACCUCGUGCUCCACGGCACCCCCUUUGCCUGACAUUUCAUUGGGCAAUGCCCAGCCCUGUCCUGUUCACGUGAAGCCGGCACCCCUCCAGAACCAGGUCUCCGGAGACAGCUCCCACCCUGCCACCCUGGGAAUCGUCCAGGACCCAGUAGUUCAACCCCACCCUGCCCCGCUGCAACAGGACAAGAUCACCCCUGACUACAGCUUCAUCUCUCUCAAAGAAGCGGCGGUGACGAAGGAGUGGGCCAAAGGAGGGCCAGCAAUGCUGCAGCCUAGCCUGCCUUACAUGCCUGCUUUCCUGUGUAGCUUGAAAGCCCUCUCCAUGCUGCUGCUGAACAAAGGGGCCCUGGAGCACAGCGUGGAUUCUCUCGUGGCCUCUGGAGAGGAGGUGGAGGGGCCUGGCCAGCCAGAUCACAACACCCAGCUUCGGGCAAUGGUGCAGCAGAACCUCCAGGACAACCCUGCCUACCAGCUCCUGAGAAGCCGCUUCCUGGCCACCUUCACCUUCCCAGCUGCCCUUGCAGCACUGGCUCCUUCCAGGGUGACGACAACCCUAUCAGGCAGCGAGUGGGGCAAAAGCAGCCAGGAGGAAGACCCGUGUGCGUCACUGUCACUGUCCGAGGAAGAGGAAGAAGAAGGUGCUGAGACUGGGGCAGGAUCCUGUGGAGCAGCAGCGGGUGAGCCCUGGGAGGCAGUGGAGGAGCAGGAGGAGGCAGGCAUGGGCAGUGCAGAGUUGGACCAGCUCAGUUCCUCUGGGGUUCGGAGAAGCUCCCGGCUAGAGAAAAAGCAAAGGCAGCGGUGAGAGGAAUCAGCUCAGAAGUUCCUUGGAUCAAGGCAUCUGCAACACCUCAGAGACAGAGAGGGUGGUCUACCUCAGCCCCACCACUAGCAAUACUUCAGCACGCCAGUUUGGAACACUUUUGGUUUACACAGUGACUUAUACUUAAUUUGUAAUAAUUUUGUGUCUGUGGUCCUCUGUGUGGGAGAGAAUGAACUAUCCUGUAUAUUUUCCUUUUCCAACUGAUUAAUGGAGUUUUCAUUCACUGUGGGAGAGCAGCCCCCUUUGUUUUGGGUAGCCACAGAUGUAUUAGCCAUAAAGCCCAACGUUAUAAGAUUUGUUGAUGGCUGUGGUGGGGGUUUAAAUAGUUCUCUAUUGUUAUGCCCUUUAAAAAUACCAGACCAGAG